AUGGCCACAUACGUCCCCAAGAGCGCGCGUGACGACGUGUACCGCUUCUUCUUCACGGAGGGCGUCAUCUCCUGCAAGAAGGACCCCAUGGGCACAUGGACGGGCACCUGCGGUGGGAAGGCAUUUAAGGUCCCCACGGUUCAGGUGAUGCAGCUGAUGCGCUCCAUGAAGAGCCGCGGCCUCCUCAAGGAGCAGUUCGCCUGGCGCCAGUUCUACUGGUUCCUCAAUGACGAGGGUGUGGAGUACCUGCGCAAGUACCUGUACCUUGCCCCUGAGAUCGUGCCCAACACGCACAAGGCCGAUAAGCUCCCGGAUCGUGAGGGUGGCCGCGGUCGCGGACGUGGCGAGGGCCGUGGUCGCGGGCGUGGCGAGGGCCGUGGGCGUGGACGCGGCGAGGGUGGCUAUG